UCUGAUUCUGAAAAGAAUGAUGGUUUACUUGCCUUUAGCGACCUGGGGCAUUUGCUAUUUACCUGGAGCCUUGGCAUUUAGACAUUUUUGAGUUUCUUGAUUUAAAGAAGAACACAGGAAAGGAAGAACAGCGUGCCAGGGACCUUUUCUUUGCGCUUUGGAUUCCAGAUCUCUUCAUGAAACGAGUGGAGACUAAUCAGGACUGGUCUUUGAUGUGUCCAAAUGAGUGUCCUGGUCUGGAUGAGGUGUGGGGCGAGGAAUUUGAGAAGCUUUAUGAAAGUUAUGAGAAACAGGGUCGAGUCCGCAAAGUUGUAAAAGCUCAGCAGCUUUGGUAUGCCAUCAUUGAGUCUCAGACAGAGACAGGUACCCCGUACAUGCUCUACAAAGAUUCCUGUAAUCGGAAGAGCAACCAGCAGAACCUGGGAACGAUCAAAUGCAGCAACCUGUGCACAGAAAUAGUAGAGUAUACCAGCAAAGAUGAGGUUGCAGUCUGUAACUUGGCUUCCGUGGCCCUCAAUAUGUAUGUUACGUCAGAACACACGUAUGACUUUAAGAAGCUGGCUGAAGUCACCAAAGUCAUUGUCCGAAACUUGAAUAAAAUUAUUGAUAUUAACUACUACCCUGUCCCAGAGGCAUGCUUAUCAAAUAAACGCCAUCGCCCCAUUGGAAUCGGGGUACAAGGUCUGGCAGAUGCUUUCAUUCUGAUGAGGUAUCCUUUUGAGAGUCCAGAAGCCCAGCUACUGAAUAAGCAGAUAUUUGAAACUAUUUAUUAUGGAGCCUUGGAAGCCAGCUGUGACCUGGCCAGGGAGCAUGGCCCAUAUGAAACCUAUGAGGGCUCUCCAGUCAGCAGAGGAAUCCUUCAGUAUGAUAUGUGGAAUGUUACUCCCACAGACCUGUGGGACUGGAAACUUCUCAAGGAAAAGAUUGCAAAGUAUGGUAUAAGAAACAGUUUACUUAUUGCCCCGAUGCCUACUGCUUCAACUGCUCAGAUUCUGGGAAAUAAUGAGUCCAUUGAACCUUAUACAAGCAACAUCUAUACUCGCAGAGUCUUGUCAGGAGAAUUUCAGAUUGUAAAUCCUCAUUUACUGAAGGAUCUUACUGAGCGGGGCUUAUGGAAUGAAGAGAUGAAAAAUCAGAUUAUCGCAUGCAAUGGUUCUAUCCAGAGCAUACCCGAAAUUCCUGAUGACCUGAAGCAACUUUAUAAGACUGUGUGGGAAAUUUCACAGAAAACCGUUCUUAAGAUGGCAGCUGAAAGAGGUGCUUUCAUUGAUCAAAGCCAGUCUUUGAACAUCCACAUCGCUGAGCCUAACUAUGGCAAACUCACUAGUAUGCACUUCUACGGCUGGAAGCAGGGUUUGAAGACUGGGAUGUAUUACUUAAGGACACGACCAGCAGCAAAUCCGAUCCAGUUCACGCUAAAUAAGGAGAAGCUGAAAGAUAAGGAGAAGGCAACAAAAGAAGAAGAAGAGAAGGAGAGGAACACGGCAGCCAUGGUGUGCUCUCUGGAGAAUAGAGAGGAGUGUCUGAUGUGUGGGUCCUGAGGAAGGGCUUAGAAGAGACCAGCACUUCCUCACAGCCAAACUACUUCUUGAGCACAGAUAGGUGUAGUAGGUUUGCGUGAAGUGCUAAGGCUUUGCUGGACCUUAUUGCCCCAAAAGGAUCAGUCAAUUUAAAGUACUAUUUCUAUAUAGUGUGAAAGUAUUGAUUUUUUAAAUUGAUAUCUUGGGAAUCAAAGUAGAAGUUUUAGGAGUGCAAAAGAAGUCAUCUUGCAAAUAGGGAGUGAUUGAGUAGGGUUUCAUUGCCCACCUGUCACCUUUUUUCUGGUGACCUCAGUUUUUGUAAGGAAACUUAGUUUUGCUGCUUUGACUGGUGGGUCCGUAGAAGCAAAACUGAGUCAUAAGCUGUGAGAAGUGCUGACAGGACCUUUGUCUGGUUAAGGUCCUAUAGGUCAUUCUGAAAUAAACAUUUCUAAGUGAUUGCGUGAGA